AUGCAUAUAAACAUUUCAUCUUUUUUCUUUUUUUUUCCUGUUUAUUUCUUUUCCCAUUCUACUUUAUCUUACUUUCAUUCUAUUUCAUUUCUCUUUCUUUCUUUCUUUCUUACUUUCUUUCUUUCUUUCUUCUUUCUUACUUUCUCUCUCUCUCUCUCUUUCUUUCUUUCUUUCUUUCUUCUUUCUUUCUUUCUUUCUUUCUUUCUGUCUGUAUUUCUUUCUUUCUUUCUGCAUUUUUCUGUCUCUCUUUCUUUCUCUCUUUCUUUUUGUCUUUCUUUCUCUCUCUCUUUUUCUUUCUUUCUUUCUUCCUUUCUUACUUUCUGUCUGUAUUUCUUUCUUUCUGCCUUUUUUCUGUCUCUCUGUCUUUCUUUCUCUCUCUUUUUCUUUUUGUCAUUCUUUCUUUCUCUCUCUCUCUUUUUUCUUUCUUUCUUUCUUCCUCUCUUUCUUUCUUACUUCCUUUCUUACUUACUUUCUGUCUGUAUUUCUUUCUUUCUUUCUGCAUUUUUUCUGUCUUUCCUUCUCUCUCUUUUUCUACUUUUCUUUUUGUCUUUCUUUCUUUCUCUCUCUGUCUUUCUUUCUUUCUUUCUUACUUACUUUCUGUCUGUCUUUCGUUCUUUCUGUCAUUUUGUCUGUCUGUCUUUCUUUCUUUCUUUCUUUAUUUAUUUAUUUCGUUCAUUCAUUCUUUCUUUCUUUCUGUCUUUCUUUCUUUCUGUCUUUCUUUCAGUCUUUCUUCCUUACUUUCUUUCUUUCUUUUUUCUUUCUUUUUAA